GAGACGUCCCGCCCCAUAAACAUCGUCACGCCGGCUUCUCCCUAUGUCGGCAGCCUCGCCAUUGAAUGGCCGCGACUGCCCGCUCGACGACAACAUUCCCGACCCCGACGAAGCCGACAACCAUCAACAACCUCGCCAGCCUGGAGACGCCAGUCCGCUUUUUCUGCUCCAACAGCAUUGCCGACGCCAUCGGAGAUGAGGAAGGCCGUGCCCUGUGGCCAUGGCCAGCCGAGGCGCGACGCGAGAACAGUCCGUGUCCACGCGGCAGCAUCACGGACCUGGUGGUUGAGAAAUAGUGGUGACCUCAACUGUCUGCUCCUCGACAUAAACUUCCUCUACGUGCCGAUCAUGCACCGAGUCGGCAAGAUGCCAGCCUCGCCUUUUCCCUGGCCGACCUCGAUCCCCCCCGGAGCCAACCUCCUCGUCGACCGAGCUCGAGUCCCGCCGAGAGGCACGCCGUGCCGCUCGACGACCCGCCCCACGCCGGUGCAACCACGCCACCGAGGACGCAGCUGCUGCGGAAUCGGGCUCGAUCGAGCUGCCCAGACCCAAGGGUCCCAUGUCCAACGCAUACCUGUAUCCGGGAGCCACACAGGGCGGCACUACUGUUACACGAUGGACGACACCAACGCCGCGAGGGAGGCUGUACCGUUACGCCGUCCGCGAUACAUCGACACCAUCGUGAGCGGCAGCAGGAUAUGGAGCAUGCUGCAGCUGCAGCUGCCUCGACCUGGCGCGCAAGGACGUCAGACCUGAACUGUGUGUGUGUGUGUGUGUGUUUUGGGGG